CAGCCUUCCACGUCUAACGGUCGCGUCGCUGUACGGCGGCGUGAAACGCCUCGAAACCACCGGUCUCCGUCCGCUCCAAGCGCGAGGCAAUGAAAAUGUCGAAAUUACCCGCGAUAUUUACGACGGCUAGCUGUUACAUAUCAAAACAUACAGUGUCGAAACUCUAAACAUAUCCAAAUCGUUGAAUGAUUGAUGAUUUAAUACGGUUGUGUGGACCAGAGUUUGGUGACGAGUGUAGUGAAGUGCUGGUGAGAUGUUUCUAAGUGCGUACGCCUGAGAUUUUGAGUGGAGAUCUGGAGAUAGCGUGUGAUGUAAUGAUGCGUCGAGGCAAAGCACUGCUGGAAGGCAGCAGGCAAGGGUCUGUUGACGGCGGGGGCAGUGUGAGUGAUAAGGAGUUGGUGCAUAAGUGCCAUAGUGAUCCUGGAGGAGGCAGAGCCCUAGGGGCAGCACCAAGGACUGUCAGGCAUCGGUCUGCCUCGGGCGCGGCGAGGAAAUGCGUCCUGACGCUGGAUGGAUACUCAUAUGUCAUUGAACAAGGUGGCCUCACGAUAGUCCGGCGCUCCUCAAGCCGGCAUAAGAGCGAAAGCUGCCCCACACCCACUGACGAACAGUUGGACCAACUGAGUCUAGAUACUGAGCACUUGCCCGCCGUCGACACGCCUGACGCAUGCGACAAGGCCGCACUUAGAUUACGCUAUCUGCUUAGACAAUUAAAUAGAGGCGAAAUAUCAGCAGAAACACUACAAAAAAACCUACAGUAUGCAGCCAGAGUGCUCGAAGCAGUGUACAUAGAUGAGACCAAGCGAUUAGCGGACGAAGAUGACGAGUUAUCAGAAGUGCAGCCUGACGCCGUGCCGCCAGAGGUCCGGGAGUGGCUGGCGUCAACGUUCACGCGGCAGCUGGCGACGGCGAAGCGAAAGUCGGAUGAGAAGCCGAAGUUCCGGUCGGUGGCGCACGCGAUCAGAGCCGGGAUAUUCGUGGACAGGAUAUACAGGCGGGUGACGAGCACCGCGCUUAUGCAGUUCCCGCAGGAUGUCGUUAGAGUGCUGAAGACGCUGGAUGAAUGGUCGUUCGACGUGUUCGCGCUAUUUGAGGCAGCGGCGGGCGCACCUCUCAAGUACCUGGGCUACGAGCUGCUCAACCGAUACGGGAUGAUACACAAGUUCAAGGUUCCACCAACGAUCCUAGAAAGCUUUCUGAGCAGGAUAGAAGAAGGCUACUGCAAGUUCAAUAACCCCUACCAUAACAAUCUGCACGCGGCUGAUGUUGCGCAAACAGUGCACUACAUGCUAUGUCAGACUGGACUCAUGAACUGGCUAUCGGACCUCGAGAUCUUCGCGACGCUAGUAGCCGCCGUGAUCCACGACUUCGAGCACACCGGCACCACGAACAAUUUCCACGUGAUGUCCGGCUCUGACACGGCGCUGCUGUACAACGACCGCGCCGUGCUCGAGAACCACCACAUCAGCGCUGCUUUCAGAUUAAUAAAAGAUGAAGAAUGCAACAUCCUCCAGAACCUGUCCCGGGACGAGUUCCGCGAGUUCCGUACCCUCGUGAUCGACAUGGUGCUGGCCACCGAUAUGAGCUUCCACUUCCAGCAGCUGAAGAAUAUGCGGUCUUUACUUACCUUGGCUGAGCCUACGGUGGAUAAGUCAAAGGCGGCAUCGCUGGUGUUACAUUGCUGUGAUAUUUCUCAUCCUGCCAAGAGAUGGGAUCUCCACCACCGAUGGACGAUGAGCCUCCUUGAUGAGUUCUUCCUCCAAGGCGACAAAGAACGCGAGCUAGGGCUGCCCUUCAGCCCCCUUUGCGACCGGAACAACACACUAGUCGCAGAAUCCCAGAUCGGAUUCAUAGAGUUCAUCGUAGAGCCAAGCAUGGGGGUGUGUGCUGACAUGCUUGAAUGCAUACUAGGGCCUCUGCACUCUAGCAGCAAGACUGGCGCUAGUCAAGAGCCGAUUAGCGAGGACGCUCCGGGGAAAAUCGUGAACGAAACCAACACGAAGUUCAAGAUCCGAAAGCCGUGGGUCGCCUGCCUCAGCGACAACAAAAAAAUCUGGAAGGAGCAAGCUGCUAAAGAUGCAGAGGCCCGAGCUAAAGCCGAAGAGGAAGCCAACAACCCCCCAGCGCCUGCGCCGACAGAAGAAUAAUAUUUAGCCACAUUUGUAAAUAGCGUUAGAUCUAACUGUUACAACAUGUUCUCUUCGCUUAUGAAGAAAACUUAAAUUUCCGUUGUUUGUGUGUAAAAAUGCUUGCAGUUAAACGUCGCUGCGUUCGAAUCUUAAAUCAAUAUCCUGGCAACAUUUUCGCUUUUAUAAAUUGUAGCUGGCGAUUCGCUAAACUCGUCAACGCUUUCGAAUACGAAUUACGUAUACUGUACUUUAUAGUCUUUAAAAUAAGUUUUCCCGAAGAAAAAGCCGUGAAAUAUUUCUUUUCUAUGAGACGAUAGCCCUUCGCACAUAUUGCUGGCUAUAUUGUAAAAACUACACCAUCUGUGGCGCGAAAAUAAAAAUGUUGCCAACAUAACAAUAACGGAUAUUUAUUUAAAAUUCGAAUUCUAUAUGUUAACGUGUUUUGUUACGCACAAAUUUUGAAUUGAAAGCACAAUGUGAAAAGCCUGAGUGUACAUUCAAUUUGGAAGACACCAUAGUGAGCCAAAUUCGAUACGGCGGGCCGAGUGGCGCUAGCCAGUAGUUUAUAAAUACAUUAUUAAUUAUUCGCGGUUAAGAUUUUCUUUAGCUUUAGCCUGACGAAUUUUGGAGUUUCCCAAUGUCAAGUGCCCAUUGUUACUUGGUAGUGUUUCUAGUAAUUUUAAGGACACGUUGAAUAAAUAACAAACUAGGUAUUUUAGUACAUAGAUAAUGACGGUUGUUUUUUUUUCGUUGGAUGGUCAUAAAAUCAAAACUAACUAAAAGUUAAUUAAAAGUCCUUAAUACUCUUGGAACACCCACUGGAACAGUAUAGGUACCUUCUUUCUCCAUAACAUAUAAACAUGGUAUGUACAUACGGAAUCCACUUUCUACAUAAUAAUGACUGGCUUGCCACUAUCAUGGCAUAACGAAU